AUGGUGAAAAAGGCUGGUGCACGGAUUCGAAUUGACUCCGAUCGGCCUAGAGCCUUGGAGUCGGAAGACGGAGCAGAUGUGGUUGCGGAUCAGUUCACGCGUGAGUUUACCGCACUUUUGCAGCUAACGCGCGAGAAACAAUGCAAGGAACUCACUACCGAGAGCGUCGGAGAGGACGUCGCAAAUGCUCGCCAAGAAGUGGCUUUCUUCGGUGAUAUAGCUCAAAAGUUAGUUCCGUUAGUAGAUCGAGUGAUGCGAGCUACACCGGAUCAGAUCAACGCGCAGAAGAAGGCUGACUUGUUUCUUGUCUUUGGAGACAAGUUCUACCAAGCUCAAGAAUUCAGCGCUGCGUCCACGUAUUUCUACCAAAAAGUGCUCGUUCUGGACGAGGAGAGUAGCCAAGAAACUCCUCAGGGCGUUAUUGAACGGGUCGUUGCCUCUAUAGACUCACCGCCACGCCAGCGGAGUCGUUUAGAGGGCCUAGCCUACGUUCGAGCACUCUUUGGUGUAGCCAUGUGCUGUUUCCACGUCCAAAAGCGAUCAGACGGCUCGGUAAGGAAUCCAGGAACGCUCGAGAGAAUGAUCGAGUCUUUGACGCUGUUGCGACUUGGGAUGGAGAUCUCUGUGGCUAUGGAGCGUCAAUUCUCUGGCCAGUUUUCGUGGUUAACGUUGAAUGGCUCGGUACUCAUUUGCUCCAUUACGAAGCCUCUACAGUCCUUGGGGCUCUCGAGAGAAGUCGUCGCUUAUUUGAAGUGGAGUUUACUUGCCAUGGAGUCGGCAGUGGCGUUGUGUACGACCAAGUACGUCAUGUGGCGUCUGCAGCUUGGAUCCGCGAUUUGUGACUGCUACGAGGAUUUGGCACUAAAAGAAGAAGCGAAUGCUGGUCUACACGUUAAAUCUGCUGUGGCGUGUGCUGCGUAUCUUCAAAAAGUAGUCCAGCGGUUGCGUAAAGAGGAAGAACUGGACAUGCCCUUGCCCAUUGAGGUCCAGCAGAUUCUGCUUCAAGCGGAGACCACAGCUGCGAUGUUAAUGUCGAGAGUGAAAGCCGCUGAAGUGCAUCAACGACUUACAAAAGAUACGAUUGAGACAGCGUUCCCAGCCGUACGAGACCAAAUACGUGCUGCUAUCGAUGCCAUGGAGACGCUGUCACGUCAAAAGAAUCAGAAGCCAGAUGGAACCUUCUCGACGCUUGAUCCUGCCAUGUUCCCAAUGUCCUUCCACUUGGUCACUAUCCGACACUGCUUCCAACUCACAAAACCCGACGAACUAAUGAAAUUGCUCACUACGAGCGCCCACACUCGACUGCUGGUCGUGGUGGACGGCUUAUCUGCGACGGACUCAGCUAUGAUUAAGAGUUUAUUGGAGCUGUACGCGGCACUACACGAGGUCCAGCAAUCUUGGUUAUCGUGGGAAACUCAAUCAGAAGAUGAACGCUUGCAGUCGCGAAUACAUUUGCCAGUGUCCGGCGGCUCGGUCCCGAGCUCUACACUUCUGACACGGCUGUCGAAGGCGACGCAAAGCUGCGUUUUCCAAGGCGAUGGCGCUUUAGCUCGCACCAAUCAAGACUUACUGACGUCCGUAGCGCUACAAAUGUGGCGUGAGUUUAGCGAACCGAUGCUAAGGGAGUUGGACUCCACCGAACCUUCUCAGCUCUCAAAGGCACUGCUACACCUGACGAGUGACUUGCUCCUGACGAUUCAUUGCACGUUCGCUGCUGUCAGAUUUGAAGACCUUCUACUUCAUGCGCAUGUUUGCUUACGCUUGGCUACGUUGCUGUCAAUACGAGGAGAGGCACGCAGAGGCUGCCAAGUUGUACGGCAAUGUCUGGGUCGAAUCAACUCGCGACGAAGCGAGGUAGUAGAUUUCUCUUCUCACUUCCACGCUGUUGUCGAGACGGCAUCAAAUGCGCCACUUUCCAACGCCUCGUUCUCCUGCGCCAUCAGUGAUCCGAGCUUAGUUGACACUGUCGGAGAAACUACCGCACGAGAUCGCGUUGGUGUACCCGGUACCGGGUCUCAGCUCGGUGGUAUUCAUCAAGACUUGUGCUGCGUCCAGGUCGAUCUGCUGCUUUCGCUUUAUCGUUUGGAACUCCAAGCUGCCACAAUGAUCGACGCGCUUCCACUGACCAGCACUAAAGCUUCGAACAUCACUCCAGGAACUUCUUUUCAAGCGAGUACCGUACUGCUAACAACUGAAGCGAAACUCGUCGAGGAGUGCUAUCGGAAUGGCUACGCCAAAGCGCUUUUCAACAUCCAACGCCUUACUCACCCACAGAAAACAAUGAAAGAGAGACGCGCACUCGCAGACGAGAGCAUUCAACUACUGCAACAAAUGGAGACGCAAGAGGAGAAACUGCGAAGCCACUUGACCUCAAGAUCAUCUGCACCCGAGUCUGCAGUUCCAGCUGCACCAAUUGUGAUCGCUCGUUCGAGCUCAGCUAUCACCGUCCGAGUCGUGGAGUACCAUCCUUUACUGCCAUCACUGCGAAAGAAGCGCGUGCAGUACUACAUGGUGUUCGCGAAAUCCGUCGGGGCGGGGACUGCCGUCUCUCUCAAUAGCAACCAACUCGUAGGAACCGCCACUCCGCUUUACCCUCCACACUUGAACGCCACCAUCUCUGGACUACUUCCCAACGAGAGCUACGUCUUCGCUGUUGCUGCGUUCGACAGCAAGCACGAGGUUAUUCAGUCCAUCGGCGAGUCCUGUGAACCCGUUGUGGCGCUCAACCCUCUGCCUUUGGCGAUGUGCUAUGGAUAUCUCGCCCAAGCCUGCUAUGACGCCCAACUCAUUGGUCGAGCGAACCAAGCGGCAAGUUACUUGUACAAGACCGUCGCUUCCGUGUGUUCUGGACGUCCGUCGUGGAUGGCGAACCCAUUCUACAGACAAGCUCUGAAGCGUGACGUAGUGGCGCAGUUCCCCAUACCAGUUCUCAACCUCUGCAUCCAAGCGCUGAUCAUCUUGUGUCACAACGAACCUGGAGAGCUUGAUCAAGAUAGAGCACUUGUCACGUCCUCCGACUUAGAAGCGCAGUCGCUCACUGCAACACAGACAAAAGCUCUUGAGGAUAGCCGAAAGAUUUCUAUGGCCAUCGAGAUCGCCUGUGCGACGGACAACCAAGAAGCGAUUCGAGCUCUGUGCUUCAAAGGGUAUCGGUUGCUACUGCCCUUGCUACACUUGAAAGGUAGCUGCGACGCCCUCACGUUCGCUGCUCUAGUGACAAACUACCAAGCGCUUCAUGUGAUUCCUAAAGCAAACUGGGACGUUGAUACGCGCCAGAUCUGUGCACGUAUCGGCUUUGAACUGUUCCGAGUCGCACAAGAAGCACACGGCGAUAUCGCUCGAGCCACGCUCCCCUUGGUACUAGCAGGGCAUUACGACAGCUUACGGGAAGGAGCAGCACCAGUUGUCUCAAAAGAUAAGAGCCAAAGCAAUACGCCUCAAGCCACUCCACGAACCAGCGAGAAGGACAAGGCGGAAGCGGAGAAUCCGGGUUUGAGCGAGAUCCUCCACUCGGCUGGGUACGACCUGGUGAAGACCUUCAGUACGCUUGAGCAACUGAGUCCUUCCGACCAUCGAGUAGUUGAGUUCGCCAGCAAGAUCUGUGGAGCUGUUCUUGGAGCUGGGGGACAUGGAACCGCCCACAUGGACAAGUUCUUGUCCUCCUUGAAAGUCAGUGGAGUGAUAAGCAGCCAGUUUCGAGAUACGCUCAGCUCACUGGGUGGCGAUUCACUUCUUCCUGAGCUAAGAGACGUUCAUCCUGCUGAUGAGGUGAACCCAUUAAGUGGUCGAGAGGAUCUGGAGACCACAACCAGCGACGCUACUCCACGUGAAAGUAUUAUCCCAGAGGCUGCGACGGACGAUGAGUAUCUGUAUCGCUGGUGUGGAGAGCUCUUCUUCAUUCAAUCCGUCGUGUUGUACCGGGAGGUCACAAAGCUCAGCUGUAACAUCAACGUAGUGGACACUGCUAAAGGACCAGAUACCGAAGACUGCACGUAUAAUUUACUUCAUGGCGGUAUCGGCAACAUCGAAGAAGAAGCGACGCAAGCUGAAGCUACAGAUGUAUCCGAUGAUGCUCCCACAGAGGUUGAGACUACCAGUGCAGAGGCAUCACAAGAGACUCAACUGGAUCAAAUGUUCGGUGAACUUCUGAAGAAAUCAGCGGGAUGCUGCAAGCUCUUUCGACUGACACACUGUUGGCAAGGGCUGCAAGCCGUGGCUCAGCAGCUGUGGAACGUGCUUUGGCUCGCCUGGGUGCCUCCAACUCGAAUCAGCGCGUCACCUACUAGACUAGCACAGCUGUCCACUUGCGUCGACGCACUACUAGACAUGAUGGACUCUACGACAUCGCUACCUUCAUCGACGGCUCUAUCAACUGUGCUGAACUCCGCCGCCAAUGCACUGAAGAUCGACCACACUUGGCUCGGAAGACUGAUGGCGUACGCCUUGAAAGCAUUUUGUUCGAUCCAAGACUGGAAGUGCAUUGUCCGAAUAGGAAGCAGAUACCAUUCUUUAUGUGGCAGCACUGAAGGCAGUCGAUUCUCCGAGCAGAACUUCCCCGUCUUGAUAUACGCUCAGCAACAAAUCGUGAAUCACCAGGACGUACUCGUAGCAACGGCAGAGGAAGAACUGAACGCGUUUAUCACUGCGUUCCAGGAACAGGAAGCCAAGAAGAAGAAGAAAAAGUCAAGACUGGUGGUAGAAGAGCUUCUUACGCCCGAGGAGAUGACGUUCCGCUCCACCAAGCAGGAAAUGGAGCAGCGAAUCCAAGUGCUCAUCUCUGAAAGAAACCUCGAACGAAAGAAGCUGGUCAGUCUCUUGGAAAUCCAUAAAAGACUCUCGAAAGCGAUCAACAAGAGUCACCAAGCGCUCAACACUUGCCACGAACUGGUAGAAAAAUACCGUCGACUCGAUCAGCGCAAACAUUCCAAUGAAGAGCUUACUGCUCUUCGACGUCAGACCAUCGCUGCCUUCAAUCGCUGUGUGGUUCUGGCACGACAGAAGCGUCAAAAGCGUAUCGUGUGUCAAGCUCUUAAUGAAGCUGGGGACUUCCACCUCGCGUCUGGAGACUUGAAGACUGCUACUAAGAGCUGGCUUGAGUCACUGGAUAAUGCAUUUAACACACUCAACGUGUGUUCAUCCUGGCGAGACGUUCUCACCCCACCUGCAGACCAUUUUCUCGAGAGCAGCUCCAAAGACACCAUUGCUGGCGACGAGUUGUGGGUGGGUAUGCAGUGCUGCAGUGUGUUAUCAAAGCUGGUCCUGCACUCGUCUGGUGUUGAGCUACAAAAGGCGAUCGACUACGCGUUGAUGGCAGCAGCGGUCUUCACUCAAUUCUUCGGUUGUUCGGUGCCACACCCGACCAAAUGUUUCUUGUACGGCUCGUAUCGGAUACUUGGCCAGUUGUGGCCAGGACGCGAGCUGCUGACAGACCCGGAUCGUGUCUCUCCGCUCUCUCUUUGCAUUAUGCUCGUGCUAGUUCCUGAGGUUUUACUUCAGUACGAACACCAGUAUGCUGCCACGGCAAUGCCUGUCAUCGCAGGUUACGAAUACGUCGCAGAGAGCUGUCUCAAAGAUGCCAACCACGUCGCGAAUGCUCGAAGACUCCGCGUCGAAGCACUUGUUCAAUGUGGACGCUUCCAGGAGGCAUUCCAAGUGCUGAUGCACUUGUUACGAGGUGGAACAACGCCUCGCAAUAGUAGCGGUGCACCAGAAUCAGAUGCUGUAGUGUUCCGCGACGAUAAGCCACUUCUCGACGAGAGUAAUCGAGCCGCCGUGAACUGGUUGAUCUCGCUCAAUGUAGAGCAAACCCAAGCAGCUCUGACGAAGUACUACCCCGAGACGCUUGUGGUGUUUAUCUUGGCAGGAGUUUUGCGUCUUGCUGUUGCCAUGGCGCGCCAUGAGAGCAAACAUGACCGCGAUACAGCAAUUCUCCGUCCUGCAGCCAAGAAAAUGGCUCAAACACUGCUGUCGAUGAUUAAACCGAGUGACACAUCCGCUUCAACCUCCAGAAGUACUGUGGAUAAGGAGGAUGUCGCCUCUUUGCAGGAAAUGUCGUGGGAAGAUCUCCAGCUUCGUCGAGCUCGAGCUGAUGUUCACUUGCAGUUGAGUUAUCUCGCGUUCUUUGAAGGAGACUGGAACGCAUCGAAGGCGAGCAGCUUGGACGCCAUUGGGGAGUACAAUGCCAUCCCACUGGGAGCAAAACAACCGCUACGCUUGGAACUGGAUCAGAAGUUUGAGUUCUCGCUGCUGCUUGGUCGAGGCACAUUUUUGGCCAAGUGUCGGUCACAAAUAGUUGCAUGCUGUCUUGCCCAGACUCACUUUCGCACCGCACUCGAGACUGCUGAAGCUGCAAUUGAAGCGACAAGAGUCACGGGAGAAGAGCACCUCCGACAACAGCUAGAGAUACAGCGACUACAGGCUGCAGUGUUCCUAGGCGAACGCGAGAAAGUGGAAGUGGAGCUCUGUGCCUUGCGAGAGGAGAUGCUUGCAACUCACACGUCAACUUCGCUCACUUAUGUCCACACUCUGCAAGCUUUAAGCUCGCUACUCCUUUCGAAAGCGCUUCUCUUGCCGCACUCAAACUCAUUGAACGCAGUCGCUGGACACUUAAGCGAAGCAGAGCAAGUACUGGAUGUAUUGCUGGAGCAUGAUGGCUGGUUCGGCGUUAGCUCAGAUCCCAAGGUGCUUGAGGAGAGGCUUAACUUGUAUCGCCCCGCCAUCCCCGAGUUCGUGCAAGUCCACACUGACUUGGCAGAACUGCUGCUGGAAUGUCCUUUAAGUUCUGAGAUUGAGGACGUGGAUAGUCGUCAAAAGAGAGCGCUGCGCGAAUGUCUGCGACCAAAACUCGGCUUCUGCUGCUGA